CCCAGAUGGCCGCAGAUUGCGGACUCUGAACUUUAUCACUGUACGACGUGGUCACGUCGCGUCACGGUCACAUGAUGCGUUAGUCAUAGCUGGAUUAAUUGUCUGCAGUUCUCCAUUUUCAGAAAAUCUACACCCUCUGAAUCACACGAUCACACAUCUGUUCAGAAAUGAUGUAUGAAGAUCAGCUGGAAACCGUGUGACUACAGCCGUCUAAAUGACCCUAGCCAUCCAUAGCCACCUUCUGCCUCUUCUGCUUCUGUGUUCUUCUGUGUGUCAGUUUAGUGGUUUCUACGGUUUCUAUUUUCUAUUUCAUGGCAUGACACGCUCGUGCUCCCAUCAUGACAAGUCGACAAUACCGACAAUCCAGUCCAUGGACACGGGACAUGAGUAACGCGCAGGAAGUGCAGUGCGCGCCUUCAGCCUUUUAUUAUUUAUUAUUAUGAAAUGAAAUCUCCCACAGCGAGAAGGAAAGGAUCAUUUUUAUCUCUGACUCCGAGUAUGUGUGUGUCAUGCAAGCGACGUCGCCUCUGCGAGUGUGGAAGCACUGAGAAAUGGUGCAAGGCAGAGAGAAAACCUCCCGAAUAGUGAAAGAAGAAAAGAGUUUAAAUUGGCGGAAGUAUGCUGGAGCCUGAAGCUAUUAUUUUCAAUGCUGAACUUACCGAAAGUGUCAAAUGGUGAUUUUGGUAGGGGAUGUGGUAUCUCAUGGAGAAUGUGCAGCGAUCAUACACUUUGUCUGAGCGGCUUUUACGAGCCAUUGGCAUCGGGAACGGAGGGACUCGACACGAGCAGGAAGACGUCGAGGACCUUAUUCGACAAGGGGCAGACGUAAAUCAGUCACACGGGACAUUUCUCCCAUUGCAUUGCGCUUGUAUGGUUGGCGACGCAAGCAACGUCUCCAUCCUCCUCAAGUGGGGAGCAUCAGUAAAUCGCUACGACGGGUACCACCGCUCGGCUCUCCAUCACGCCGUGGAACGUAGUGCAGAGUGUGUGCGCCUUUUACUUUCCGCCGGAGCAGAUACCGAAUCCACGGACAUAAAUCGCAACACUCCGCUUCACUGGGCGGCAUUCCGAAACCGUGCGGACUGCUGCAGGCUUCUUCUCGAAAACAAUGCCCUGGCCGACAGCCUCGACUUCAACAACGACACGCCCCUCAAUUGGGCUGCGAUGAAAGGAAACUAUGCGUCGGUCAAGGUUCUUCUGGAAUACAAUGCGUCGCCGGACAUAAAAAAUUACAGCGGGAUGCUGCCUCUCACACGGGUUGCCAUCCUACUAGCAACCGGCUUGGAGACGCCCGAAGACGAACAGUCGUUUGAACUGCUUUUACGCGGAAUGGGAAAGGUGGAGUUGAGGGACAGGCAGGGGCUCCUGCCGAGUGUUCUGGACAGAGACGGAAAGCUACGGACGCGGUUGCUGUCCAUGUGUAGCUCGCCUCGCCCACUGGUACAGCUGGGCCGCCAUGCCGUGCGCAGGUCCCUCAGGCAGAGACACCUACCUACAAUAGUGCCAACGCUACCCAUUCCGGAGAGACUGCAGGAAUUUGUUCUCCUCGAGAGCUAGGGCUGUGAACUAAUUUAGGCGUACAAAAAGGUGGUUUUUAGAGAAUCUAAGAAAUGGGUAAUUCUUCAUUAAAAACGGUGGUUUUGCUGUGUG